GACAAACAACAAUAUAUGUAUGCAGCUUUAUAUAUGUGUGUACGUUUUACAAUACAUAACCGCAGUAAUCAUUUCAUCAUUUAGUUUAAAAACGUCUCUUGACGGGCAGCGCGUCCUUUGCGCGCUAUUUUCCUCUAAGGUUCACGCUGAAAUUUGACAGUAAUUUUUUUUCCCAACUGACAGUUCUAGUGAUUUUGUGUUUUUUUGUUAAAUUCUAAAACUUUAUUUGGCAAUGGAUAUACUGAAUAAGAUAAGAAGCCACCAGCGCACUCCGUCGGGGUCGCGGGACUUCAAGGAGGCGACGAAGCGCGACGCCCUCGCCCGGUUGGAGGUUGAAUUGGAGCGGCUGGUGGGGGCGCUGCCCGAGUGCAGGAAAGUCCUCGUCGAGAAGGAGUUCAAAGGGUUCAAGAAUCUCUUCAGCAGAUUCUUGGCUGAACAGGGACCCUCCGUAACAUGGGAGAAGAUACAGAAGCUUCCGGAGGGCGCGGUCAUAGACUAUUCGACUCUGGAGAUGCCCACAACAGACAAUAUCCACCACAUGCUGGACAAACUGGUGGUUGUGAAACUUAACGGUGGUCUGGGCACGUCUAUGGGGUGCAAAGGUCCCAAAUCGGUAAUCCAAGUGCGGAACGAACUGACCUUCUUGGAUUUAACAGUACAGCAGAUUGAGCACCUGAACAAAACAUACAAAUGCAACGUUCCCCUGGUCCUCAUGAACUCCUUCAACACAGAUGAAGACACGCAGAAGGUGAUACACAAGUACAAAGGCCUUAAGCUCGACAUACACACGUUCAACCAGUCCUGCCACCCGAGGAUCAACCGGGAAUCCCUGCUGCCCAUUGCCAAGAACCCUGAUGUACAUGAGGAUAUUGAGGCAUGGUAUCCACCGGGUCACGGCGACUUCUACGAAUCCUUCAACAACUCUGGUCUCCUCCAGAAGUUCAUAAAAGAAGGCAGAACAUACUGCUUCAUAAGCAACAUAGACAACUUAGGGGCGACCGUAGAUCUCAACAUCCUAAACCUCUUGCUGAACCCAGAGCAGAAAGCCCAAACGGAAUUCGUAAUGGAAGUAACGGAUAAAACAAGAGCCGAUGUCAAAGGUGGAACUCUGAUUCAGUACGAGGACAAACUGAGGUUAUUGGAAAUCGCUCAGGUGCCAAAAGAACACGUGGACGAUUUCAAAUCCGUGAGCCAGUUCAAAUUCUUCAACACAAACAACUUGUGGGCGAAAUUGGACGCCAUUCGCAGGGUUGUUGACCAGGGCUCGUUGAACAUGGAGAUUAUCGUGAACAACAAGAGUUUAGCUGAUGGGGUGAAUGUGAUUCAACUGGAAACAGCUGUGGGGGCUGCUAUGAAGUGCUUCGAGGGAGGUAUCGGUGUGAACGUACCCAGGAGUCGAUUCUUGCCUGUCAAAAAGACAUCGGAUUUGCUGCUCGUCAUGUCGAAUUUGUACAGUCUGUCCCACGGUUCUCUAGUGAUGUCUCCGCAGAGGAUGUUUCCGUCUACGCCAUUGGUGAAAUUGGGUGACAACCAUUUCGCCAAAGUGAAGGAGUUUUUGAACAGGUUCGCGACGGUUCCUGAUUUGAUUGAGCUGGAUCAUCUAACGGUUUCCGGAGAUGUGACUUUCGGCAGGAGGGUGUCUUUAAAGGGAACCGUCAUCAUCAUUGCAAACCACGGCGACCGUAUCGACAUACCAUCGGGAGCUGUUCUUGAGAACAAGAUAGUUUCAGGCAACUUACGUAUAUUGGAUCACUAGUAUAACUUGAAAAGACGUGCCGCCAAGCGAUCCGCAUAUCGAGCGUUCCGGUACGUUGUCGCGUAGCGAUUGGUUUAGUAUAACUGCCAUACACCUAAUAAUUUAGCCCAGUGCUUUAGCAUCAUCACUUACCAUCUGGUGAGGUUGCAGGCAAAUGCUAACUUUUAGCAACAGAAAAAGGCCUUAAAUACAAUAGUUUAAGAUUUAAACAAUACAAAUAGUAUACUUUAUAAGGUUUUUGAGUGUAAGUCAAUCCCAACUUCGAUAUUUCGUAUCGUAAAUAGAAAUGUAACCCUCUUGUUUUAGAGUUGAAAUUAGUCCACUCUUCCACAUUUAAAGUGAUAAUAAAAAUCAUUUGUAUACAAUUUGGAACUCUAACUUUAAGGUAAUAAGGUUCAUUUUACUUUGUUGGCAUUCGUGUCUCAAAAGUGACUUCAAGAUUAUUCUGAAGCGAAUCCACAUUUGCAUACAAAGGAUUUUUCAAUUUUGCAGCUUAUUUAGGUUAUAGGUUACCAAUUUCAUAGGUUGUCUGGUUUUACCGGAUAUACAAAAAGGGGCAAUUCGAGAUUGUAAAUAUUUUCUAAGCAUGUUUUUUUAUGUGUCGUGUUCAAUUAUGUCGAUGUUGUUUAAAGAAUGAAUUAAAAUAUUUACAAAUGAUGUUAUGCGGCCCAAGACUAUGGAUUGUGGAACUCUCUACAAAAGACCUAUCUCCAGCAGUGGACGUCAAUUGGUCGAAUUGAUGAUGAUAAAGAUGAUAAGAUCACUCCAGCAACUUAAAAUCGUUAAAAGUUUUAUAAAUUUAAAA